AACGAUUAGAGCUUGUUCAAAGAGUAUCUAUAUAGUAUUUAUUUUCUAAAAAAAAUGAAGUUCAUUAUUUUUGUCAUUGUCUGCCUGGUUAAAUUUUGUGAAUCGAAUGAUUUAAAAUGUGGUCGCUCUGAUAACUUAGUUGAAUCGGUUGAAUUUUACUGUGAAAGCUACGAUGAAGUGCUGCCUGAGAAUUGUACGACAACAUUUUUGCAAUGGAUUGGCACAUGUGACAAAUCCAAAGUGACACAAUUGAAAAUUGGCGGAUGUGAUCCCGAUAAAGUAGUACAACUCGUCGGCGAUUUCAUGAAUAUUCGUUCAUUGGACAUUUCACAUUCUGGAUACGAAUCUCUGGACGCAUUUGAUUUGAAACAUCAACAAUUGAUUAAAAUGAAUGCAUCUCAUAAUCAAUUGACAAAAAUACCGAUCAAGUUUUUCUCUAAUAUUUUGAAUGUUGUCGAAGUGGAUUUCUCAUUUAAUGACAUUGAAUUUUAUGAUUUUAUCGAACUACCAACAAAUUUAAAAACGGUACAUUUAUCCCACAACAACAUUACAUCGCCAGAAUUUUGUCGGAAACUCUACAAAUUGGAGUAUUUGGAUUUGAGCGAUAAUUUGGUUCAGGUUUUAAGAAAUCAUUCAUUUUCGUCGAAAUAUUUGAAAACACUUCGAUUGGAAAAUAAUCGAAUAUACGAGUUUGAUUGUACUGUUUUGACAUGGAUAAGUCAAGGAGUUUCCGUUCACAUUUCGUGGGAGAAUGUAAAAUAUUUUACGUUUGAAUGCAUCGAUGAACAAUUCAGCGUUGUGGUUGGCAAUCAGAGAGAAGGUGUUUUUCACAAACCAGAUGGCAUAAUCGAGAUGCAAUGCAAAGAAAUGAACUUUAAAAGUAUAAAUUCAUUUAGAGUGCAUGAAGAUCAUUUGGAGAGUAUAGUAGAUGUACUACGUUGUUUGAUGCCUAAGCUUCAAGAUUUAGAUUUGGCUGACAAUAAAUUGGAGCACCUGGAUUUCAAUUUGUUCCAACGUUUUUACAAUUUAGAAGAUCUCAACUCAAAUAAUACACAUUUGCCGCAUUUUGAUUUUAAUUGGUUGAAAAAUCUCACAAAAUUGCGAUCACUUGAUAUUUCCAACAAUAAUUUAAGAAAAGUAAAAAACAUUUCGAUUUUGGAAAUAUUUCGAAAUUUAUACGAACUGAAUGUUGAGGGAAAUCACAUAGAAAACACAAUGGAACUCAUUCAACAUUUAAAUAGUUCGAUUCGUUAUUUACAUCUAUCCGGAAACGAUCUUGGGAAAGUAAAUGAUACAAUGUUUGAGAGGCUUAGAAAUUUGGAAUAUUUAUAUUUAAAUAACACAAACUUUUCAUUUGGAAAUGCCAGCUCAUUUGACUCGAUGGAGAGACUGCAAGGACUUUAUUUGGGCUAUAAUAACUUAGAAAUGAUUGAUUUAAAUUUAUUACCAGGUGAACAAUUGUUGGAGCUUGACUUGGGAGGAAAUAAUUUGAGAAAUUUGGAAAAUCUCACUCGUUCACAAUUCCCAAAAUUGAAGCAUUUAGUUAUUUCAGAAAAUUGUUUUGCAUACGAUUAUUUGAGAACGUUUGUAUCGAAAAUUAAAGAGGAAUUUCCAGGUAUUUCUCUUGGCGACCCAUGGAAACAGAAACAACCUUAAAUAAAAUCGUUUAAUAUGCUAUUUGAACUUUCCAAUAUAUGGACGUUUUUCUAAUAACGCAUAUAUAAUCGUCGUCAUGCCCGAUGAUCAUGAAAAAUGAAACUGUCUACAAAUUUUCAAUUAACUAAUAAAAAAUGGCAACAAAACA